AUGAAAUAUAUCCUCGUAGCAGCCUUUGGCACUCUGCCGUUUGUUUCGGCACUGCCGACCACGGGAUACGACGUAUCCGCAACAGCGUCACCGGACAGCCUCGACACCAACGCCAGCCCCUUGAGUGAUGACGGGAGUGCUAACUGGGCCGCCGGUUUCCUCCACCGCGGCGAUGUCGGCUCCCCCAUUGCUCAUCCCACGCUAUCCAAGCGCGCCGAUUCUCCAAGGAAGACGAGUCAAAAAGGAGCCUUGUCCUACGCUGUCGGUAAAGUAGGAAGACCGGAGAUGAGAGAAGCCAUGAGACAAGUGCAGGAGGCCGCUUCCAAGGAGGCUGCUGCAAAGGGGGAAACGGCUGCCCUCGUGCGGGCGCAUAAUUUUCUCCCCAAUCAGCUCGGCUGGGAUACGAUCAUACAGGAUUCCUGGAUCAAGUCGAUUUCUUACAAGCACCAUCAGAACGAUAUUUCCUACAUCAGGGUGGAGGACUGGGAUGGCAAAAAGGGUCAAUUGCUAGCGUGGGCCGUGAAGAAGCCCGAGGUUGUUUCACAACAGCAAACUAGACGGUGA